UGGUGACGCAAGACAAUAGCGUGAGGUCAUAAUAGGAACUUAGUCAUUCCUGAGUACCAAUUGUUGUUACUUUUUUUCGUCACAUUUUUUAACAAACUUUGGAAACAAUAUGUAAAUUAUUAUUUUUUCCAGCGGAAAGUGAUCUCGUUUUAAUACUUUAUUUCGCGUUGUCAUACAUUGUACGUGUCGGAAUAAUUGAAGACUAUCCGGGGAUAUGCUUGAAACUCCAGAUGAAAGACGGAGACGUCUAUACGGACCCUCCCGGAAUCUCCGAGUGCAGGAAAUCCGGGAGAGGUUGUCCAAGAGUUGUGUUUUGAAGGAUGGGGAGUAUAACUUGACCGCGAACAAACUAAGCGAUGGGAUCUUCGACAGCAGUUAUAGUCGUGAUUUCUUGAAAAAGAAUCCAGAUAUGGGCGCCUCCCUAGAUCCAUCCUCACUACAAGCACAACAUGGCCAGCUGGACCAUCAUUUUCACCUGGGAAAUGACAGCGGUGGUCUGGUGCCCAAUGAAACGUACCAACAGAGUACCACCAAGGCCGACUUCACAGAGCAGUCCUAUAGCAAGCCCAAAACUUUACAGGACCCUGGAAUCAUUAACUGGCCGGAUAUGGCGCCACGGUACAUGGUCAGCAGAAAGAUGGCGGACUCCGAGUACAAGUCAUCGUAUAUACCGGAUAUACGAGAUAACCCGGUGGCCCCACUGUACCCCCGCGUCAAUACGGCCAUCAUGAAGCUGCCUCUGGACCCUGAGAAGUUUUGGAGACAGAGAGGAACCAACAUCAAGUUAGGCAGCGACGCCCCACAGCUGUUCAGUGAACACCAGAGAGUAUACGGCGUGGGCCGAGAGGGGGCCCCUGACGGGUUUAUCAGGGAGAAGGGCGACAUGGGCAGGGAGGUCAGCAAGAAGAUGAAGGACAUGUCCAAAUUUUCCCACGUGUUCAGGACCGGUGAUUACAAUGGAAUAGUUGGGAGUUUUCAGACGACGGUUAAUGAUGAGUUCGGGCCCCGAACCCUGCCGCCGGCUGAGCACGCCGCUCGAGCCAUCAAGGCUUCACAGAUGAGGUUGGAUAAAAAGAAGGGAAAAGAGGAUUCCGAAGACAGUGGCGUGGAGAGUUCUACGUCAUCAGGUUCUCUUCCUGACGACAACACACGUGUCAAUCACCUAGCGGCGCAUGCCCGGCAGACGACAGUUCCAAAAGUCUUUAAAGAUGCUUUUGACGAGCGUAGUUACCAGACGGCGGCACACUUUCAGUUUGGAUCCGACCCCAGUACCAUUCAUACCGUUUACGGCAAAGACUUUGCCCCAGGAUCCAUGGCCGCCCGAGGACCUCCACAGAAAUGUCUGGUACCAGACGCAGGGAGAUUACUCCAGAACGACCCUGCCUAUGCCCCAAUGAUGUCCACGUCCAACCAGACGGACUACAGCUACACGCCUGCGGCGCCCACUCUGAAUGCAGAAGGGAAAACUCAAAUGGAGGUGAACAUAGAGAAGCGUCAUACGGACAACGUCAUCUUCAGCUUCGACAGGUCACGUCACGCGGCGGAUCGCCAAACCUCACUGGCCCAUACCGACUACCGGGGACCACCAGCCGGCUAUCGACCCAUGGAGCCAAUGGCCAGACCGGAAGUGGAGUUCGAUUACCUGACUCCUAAUGACGCUCUCCCGUAUCCUCCCGCCGAGAACCGCACAUCUGAAGCCAAGAACAACUUCAUAGGAACGUUCAUGUCCGGUGAUCACGCCGUGGACCGCCGUCACGCCAAAAACUCGCUAUGUAAAACCCGCCUGGAGGACGGCCGGAGCACCCACUUCAUCGUGGGCUACAACCCCAUGGAGUUCUCCUCGGAAACGCAAAUGAAAUUCAAAGGAGACAAAAAGAACGAUGCAAACGUUCUACCGGCCGGAAAGACGGAGAGGAACGCCGCCGUGAAGUUCAAGCACGUGUCUAUGAGCGAGAACACACUGGACCUGAAGGCAGCAGACCCGUUUACCGUCAACAAACAGGAGAGUCUGAACGCACGCGCCGCGCACCGGGAUCCGCCCGUGGAACACGCCUUCACCACGUCUGUAAUGAAAGCCGAUUACCCCGCCCUGCACCAGAGAGGGGUGACGGACGCUCAGCUGAGGAUGAUCCAGGACACAGACCAGAAGCUGGGGCAGGAGAUCGCUUCUUCCCACCUUUUCCACACCGACAACUCCGGAAGGAACAACUUUAUAACUACAGCUAUGGAUGACUUUAUAAAACCCGAAACCAUGACGGGAGGUCGCAAGUUGCUUGCUGCUCGCUAAGCAUCGAGUCGGUGUCCUACUGUUGAUGUCUUAUCGGUAGUUAAACAGUGCGAUAGUACUCAAACUAUUAAUUCACAUCAGUAUUAUAUUUUUUAUGCAGAGCCAGAGGUCUCGCAGCUACUCUUACACGAAAUAAUUAGGUUUAUUGUGUGAACAGUAUUCCAAUUGAACUUUUUAAUUUAUAAUUCCAUAUAUUUGAAUGUUUAAUUUCUAUCUUUUUACAACUUUUUAAAUUUUAUUUUACAAUUUUAUUUGUUAUCCGUAUAAACAGUUUAUGUAACCAAGCACAUCAGAAAAUCUGUGAAAUGCUUGGAAAUAUAAAACUGAUUUUAGUUUC